AUGCAAGCAGAAAUAAAAAAUAUACCAUUGAAUUAAGGAAAAUAUACAACUUAAUAAAGAUUAGGUAGUGGUUCUUUUGGUGAGAUCUAUUUAGUAACAACAUAAGCAAAUGAAAUAUUGGCAGCAAAAUUUGUAAUAAAUAUUUUGAAUAAAUUUAGGAAGAAAUUAAAUCAAAGCAUCCUUAAUUAGGAUUUGAAGCAAAGGUUACAAAAGCAUUGUAAGGAGGAAGUAUGAUUUAUUAUAAAAAAAAAUAGUUGGGAUUCCUGUAUUUCAUUAUUUUGGAUAAGAAGCUGGAUUAAAUGUAAUGAUUAUAGAUUUACUGGGACCAAAUUUAGAAGACUUAUUCAAUUUAUGUUAAAGAAAGUUUUCAUUAAAAACUGUAAUCAUGUUAGCAGAUUAAAUGAUUUAAAGAGUUGAAUAUAUGCAUUCGAAAAGUUUUAUACACAGAGAUAUUAAACCAGAUAAUUUUCUUAUUGGAUUAGGCAGAAAAUCAAACACUGUGGUAUUUUAUUAAAUUAAUAUACUCAGUAUAUUCUAGAUUUUGGUUUAAGUAAAAAAUAUAGAGAUGCUAAAACACAUUAACAUAUUCCAUACAGAGAAAAUAAAAAUCUUACGGGUACAGCAAGAUAUGCUAGUAUUAAUGCACAUCUUGGUAUAGANAAUAACUAGUUAUUAACAGUCAGCAAAUUGUUUAAGUGUAAGGUAUUACACUUUGGCGAUGUUCUUUAUGAGAUUUAAGGAUUGAUUUUGAUUUAUUUUUUAGGUUUAUUGUUUGUAUGGAGAAUGUCUUUUAACUUAAGUACAUCAAUUGGAUUAAGAAUUUUUGAUUAAUUCGUAUUAGAAUCUUUAGUAUUUAUUUAUCUAAAAGAAGAAGUAGAUCUAAGUUUUUAAAGGUUGACUUAUGGAUAAUCAUAAGUUCUUUAAGUAGAUUGUUCAAAUAUUUAAACUAAACUUUAGUUCUUCUAUAACAAUUCUGUAAAAUAUUGA